UUUGUUUUGUAGUCUUGACGUGAACUCAGACAAGGACUGUGGCUGGGAAUAAGGCUUGUGGCUUUUUUCUAAAUAUUGCAUUUUGUUUUCUGUAGUUCUGAGUUUCAGUAGAGAAUUAUUGCAGGAAAUAAGUUAUGACUAAUCUUGCCACAGCGACAAAAAAAAUGAUGCUACAAUCACUUCAGGACUUGUGUUUAGAAAUGUGAACGUCAUCUCAAAUGAAGUUAACUGGUUAAUACCACACUGUGCACAAAGAUCUUUUUUACAGAGAGAGACAAAAAAGAAUAACAAAUUCUUUCCCACAGGCCAACAGAUAUACAAGACAGCAUUAUUUGUUUCAUUCAAUCGCUGUGUCUCUAGCAGCAUCCAGAUGAGUAGAUUAUUCUUAAUACAGUCUUUUUCGAGGAUAGCAGAGUUGUUCCUCUGCUGAAAACUUUGAAAGUGAACUUUAGAGGGCAGUAGGGUGUUUCUGCUCCUGAAUAAUGAAGUCUUCAGACUCAGAUGAUAACCAGUCAGAUGACAAUGAAGAAACAACUUUUCGUCUGGAAAUUGAUGAUUCUGUCAGGGACAGUGCAACUACAGGGCAUACCAAGAGAAAAGCGAAAGCAAAUGAUAGAAGUGGUGCGACUCUGGACUCACGGUAUCAGCCAGAAAGUGAAGAAUUUCCUCUUAUAGUUGGCUUUAACCCAAAUUUUGAUAAGCCUCAAAAUCAGAAUGAUGACAAGAAUGACAGUAAUAAUGACAAUGUGUAUGAUCGAGAAAGAAUAUUCAGAGCUGUCAGUGAAGGGGACCCAGAAGCUUUGGAUGGUUUACUGGAAUAUCUUCAAAGGACUUCAAAACAACUUACAGACACCAGAUACAAAGAUCCAGACACUGGUAAAACAUGUCUACUAAAGGCUAUGUUAAAUCUGAAACAAGGAAAGAAUGAAACUGUGCCCUUACUUCUGGAUGUUGCAGAGCAAAUAGGUGGCCUGAAAGAACUUGUGAAUGCAGCAUAUACUGAUACCUACUAUAAAGGCCAAACUGCACUUCAUAUUGCAAUUGAACGGAGGAAUAUAGAGUUAGUAGAGCUUCUCAUCAGCAAAGGUGCCAAUGUUCAUGCAAAAGCCUGUGGGGAGUUCUUCCAACAGAAAAAAGAAGGCAAUGGAUUUUAUUUUGGUGAACUACCUCUCUCAUUGGCUGCUUGCACAAACCAGCUGAAUAUAGUCAAAUUCCUGUUGGACAAUCCAUAUAAAGUAGCCAAUAUUGCUGCCAAGGACUCCUCAGGUAACACAGUUCUUCAUACAUUAGUAAUCAUUGCUGACGAAACUGAGGACAACACCACUACGGUGACAACAAUGUAUGAUCACAUUUUAAAGCUUGGUGCCAAGAUUAAGCCAGAUUUGAAUUUGGAAACCAUCAGUAACAAUGACGGACUGACACCUUUAAAGUUGGCAGCACUGAUGGGGAAACUAGAGAUUUUUAAACACAUUAUCAGAAGAGAGAUUGACGAUCUAGACUAUAAGCAUCUAUCCAGGAAAUUCACUGAAUGGGUCUACGGACCAGUGCAAUCAUCAUUAUAUGAUCUCACAUCACUUGAUACAUAUGAGAAGAACUCAGUGUUGGAUAUCAUUGUGAACAGCAGUAAAACACAGAAUCGACAUAAGAUGAUACAAGUGGAACCUUUGAAUAAGCUCCUACAGGAUAAGUGGGAUCGAUUUGCAUCUUAUCUAUUUUACGUCUGCUUGAUUGUCUAUAUUGUGUAUAUGUUUAUCUUUACAUGUGUUGCCUAUUACAGACCAGUCGGUGAUAAGCCAUCCUUCUCAUUUUUCAGCAGUGGUGAAGGUUACCUUCGACUUUUUGGAAUAAUAAUUACCAUGCUAGGAGGAGUGUAUUUCUUACUCAGAUGGAUUCAGUACUGCAUUCAGAGGCGUCCAAGACUGAAGACAAUACUUAUUGACAGCUUCUUUGAAGUUCUUUUUCUUCUGCAGUCUAUCACAUUACUACUUUCGGCUGUGGUCUAUGCUGCUGGAAAAGAAGAGUAUGUCACUUUGCUAGUUUUUUCCUUAGCUACAGGAUGGUUUAACGUGCUAUAUUACACACGUGGCUUCCAGUUAAUGGGUAUUUAUAGUGUCAUGAUACAGAAGAUGAUUCUGAGAGAUAUAGUACGCUUCCUGCUCGUCUAUGCUGUAUUUCUAUUUGGAUUUGCAGUAGCUGUUGUGGUGCUUGUGAGAGAUACAGACAAUGAUGCUGAGAAUAAGAAUGGCACAGCCUGUACAGAAGUUAAACCUUAUAGUGAUCUGUAUUUCACCUGUAUGGACCUCUUCAAGUUCACCAUUGGAAUGGGAGACCUGGAGGCUGCUGCAAAUCAUAAAUUUCAACAUAUGUUCAUCUUUCUCCUCAUAAUGUACAUCACUUUGACUUACAUUCUUCUUCUAAAUAUGUUAAUUGCCCUUAUGAGUGAGACGGUUACCAACAUUUCAGCAGAAAGUCAGAGCAUUUGGAAGUUACAGAGGGCUGUCACAAUUUUGCACAUUGAAGGAAGUUUACCUAUGGUCCUGAGAGAGAAGUUUCAGACUGGGAAGACAAUCAAAGUGGGAAUUACUCCUGAUGGAAAAGAUGAUAACAGGAGAUGCUUUAGAGUUGAAGAAGUAAACUGGUCCUGUUGGAACACUGACCUUAGAAACAUUAAUGAAGAUCCUGGAGAUACAGCAGCAGCUAAAAAGAAUAAAAAAUAAUAAAGCACAUGACCAGAAGUGGGCUACUACUCAGUCGGGUGAAUCUGGCAAUCAUCCAGGAAAUACAAGGAAGCAGAGAGAUGAAGAAAUGCCUUUGAAUACAAUUUCCUGAAAUGUUACCAGCAAAGCAAAAUUGUAAAAUGCUGAACAUGGUAUUUCAAUUAUAAAGGAAGUGAACACUAUCCAAACAGACUUUAAGGACUUGCCCAGCAAGGACUUUAAAUUUCCUGUUGUCCCUCAUUCCUUACAGUGAACUUUGCCCUCUUCCUCCAUUUGUCUCUCCAGGAAAUUAUUUGCUUUGGCAGUUAUCUUGGUACAAUUUUGCACAUCAAAUAAAUAUUAACAAAACUAGAUUCUACAAAACUACACAAAGUACUUUCUGAAGCAUCUUUGUGAUGCUUUAAUAAUCAGACAUUGUAUUUAU